AUGACGGACGAAAGCUUAGCACGUUUUCACCAGAAUCGAAGGAGAUUGCCUCAGAAACAGCGUCAGCACAAAUCUUCCAGUAAAGCCAAUCGACAGCUGGUCAAGAGGAAUCCGCCGUCGUCUUCUGGUGGAACCGACCUCCGACCAGUAAAGCCAAUCGACAGCUGGUCAAGAGGAAUCCGCCGUCGUCUUCUGGUGGAACUGACCUUCGAAUCUCUUCACCCAACACUUUCCCUCGAAAUAAAAGUAAGCUCAACAGGUUACGCCAGCUUAAGAACAUUCUACAAGGUCUUUCUGUCGCUUCGAUCAAAUUGCAAAACGAGGUCAAUACCAGACAUCUUAAGAAGAUGGCGACCAAACCAAAGGCCGCACCAUCUUGCUCUCCAUACCAACUUUUAUUCGCCUCAGUUUGAGUCGCAAACUCAUUUGUGGUUUGACCUCUCUUUCCUAACUUUAUCAUGCUGUCAGGCAGACUUCGAAGAAUGCAUCCCGUCCAUUGUCUUCUAUCAUAGUAGUCAAGACAAUGUCAAGCGUCGGACAGUCGGCUUGGUGCAAUACGAGACACAUUGUAACAGACAAUAG